CCACAGAAGACAGAAACCAGAAGUACCGGUUUUACACUUCCAGUCUGCAGCAGCGGCGGCAGCAACGAUGCAGUGGCCCUUACAAGCCACGCGGGCACGGAGGAAGCAUCGGGCAUUCCGGGAAACGAUGCUAGAAUUCCUGACGCCACCGGCGCUGAACCAUGGACUAUGCAGUACUGCCAGGCUAGUGCAACUACAGUCUACGGUGUCUCGUACAGUCGUAGCACUACUUACCUGCACCUGGGGUCAAGCAGCAGCAUCGAUCACAUACAGCCCAGCACAAGCCACGCUGGCAUGGUGGAAGCAUCAGCCAAUUUAGAAUACGGCGCCAGGAAUGCUACUGGAACUGGAGGAAGGGGACAGCAAGAGCAGUCCGGUGUCUCUGGCAAUUUUUCGAGCAGGCGGUAUACCUUAUACGGGCACGACAACCAAUACACGGGCGACACAGCUCUCAUUUGCAAAGCAAGCGAUCAAUCAUCUGUGAAGCAGUCGGAGUUUGUAGAGCACUGCCACAACCGUACUGACGAAAACCACAAGUGCGAAAGCUGUGGUAAACUGUGUCACCGGGCUGAUCACCUAGAUGUCCAUAAGCGCAGGCAUACAGAAGAGAGACCCUACAAAUGCGAAAUAUGCGAUAAAUCCUUUCGGUGUCCUCGUCACCUGUGUUUCCAUAAGCGCAAGCAUACAGACGAGAAACCCUACAAAUGCAAAAUAUGUGAUAAAUUGUUUCGGAGUUCUUAUCAACUAAAUUCUCAUAAGCUCACCCAUACUGGCAAGAAACCCUACACAUGCGAAACAUGUGGCAAAUCAUUCAUGCGGAUGACGGAUCUCCAUAGACACCAGCACACUCACACGGACGAGGGACCCCAUGUCUGCCAUAAAUGUACUGCAACAUUCAAAAUGAAACAAGAUCUCAAGCGUCAUCUCAAAUUGUAUUGUAGCAAAUGAGCUUUCGUUUGUGAAAUAUGUGGUGAAGCCUUUAUAGACAACUCACGUCUCAGACAUCCCCACCAAAGGGUGCACGGGGAUAAAACACUGUCUUAGUGAUUUCGUUUCGCACUGAGAGAAACCCUUCCUGAAGACCUGUGCCAGAAUUUUACGUGCUACUUAUGUGUAGAUUGAUCUGAAGACGCGUUUCAACUGAAUACACACCUCGUAUCACAUAGGGAUGUGCAUCCGCAAUAUUCUGAGUAGUGCGCAAGUUAGAUAGAUCCCCUGCGGCAUUUGUAUAACAACGUGAGAGUGAAACCAUGCUGGCAAACAACAUUGACAUUCUUUGACAGGAGCCAGCAACCAACUAAACACAUCGUAUGCAGAGACCGGCUUCUCUUCGUAUAAAACCGCUGAUUAAUAUGCUGGCCUUUUGAAGUUAGUAGACGAGACAUUGUCUCCACAGGUUGUUAUCUUCGCUAGUAUGCAUUUCUCAAUGCUUCAAAAAUUUAGUUUUCUCUUUGGUUCUUGUAUUCUUGCCGAAGAUCUUUGUUCUAUACCGUAAACUAAGUUGAUGACAGUAAGGAGACUUUAAAAUUCAAAUAGUGUGUAGCUUCACUAUAUGAUAUGUUCUCUUCCCACAAUUUUUUUAAUUAUUCUUGUUUUAUUGUGGCAGAAGCUCUGCCAGUUUUAAAUUGCAGAUUAUUUUAUGCCCCAGAAAGUCGAAUGUUUUAACUAGGCGUGCCGUCUACUUACAGUUGUAAAAUCUUAGUCUGAUAUGACAAACGCCUCCGUGCGAGCAAUGACAUGACAAGUAAGAUUCAGGUUUUAGGCAUAUUGACGCGCGUACUUAUGUAUCUCUUUACUUUAAACACGUUUGAACCACUGGCAAAUGUUAAGUUACUGCUCAGCGCAUGACACGCCUGCAUGUAUAGGAACAUUCUCGAACUUCCUCGGCAUUUGUCUUUUGUCUACGUUGUUGUCGAAGCUUUUGUGAUCAAGUUGUACGCAUGACGCGAAUAGAGAUGUGCAUUCUUAAAGGAGCGCGAGCUCCAGCGAUGACGGUGGAGUCUUCGACGAAUCACGUGGGAAUAGCCGACGCUCAUUAAACACAAACCACACCUUGGAUGAUCGAUGCAUGUGUCCGGCGCCAUCGUUCUGCCCGAGUACAUCUUUUGUCGGUUCAGUUUCGCCCAAUAAAGUGUAUUUCAUCACUCAAUAUUCUUGCUACUCUGUUGUCCAUACAAUCACUCGACUGCCUAUAGAAUGUCUAGAGACAUUUUCGUAUACGACCUUGCCUUUCUGUAGAUUUGGUCUUUUGUUGAUACAAAGUCUACAGACUGUCUAUAGACGAAAGUCGACAAGGUUUCUAUUUCUUUUUGUCUACUCGCAUUCCACCCCAUUAUAUCUCAUUUCAUACCUUCUACCCCAUACAUCUCCCCUAGACUCUGUGCCUGUAUGUAAAUGUAAAUCUACCCGACGUCCUUCUGCUACCCCACUCAGGUCAUUCGUUCAACUCGUUUCUUUUUGUUGCUUGCGCACUGACAGGCAGACAGGCUAUCUGACCAGCUUUUCUAACACCACAAACGCAUGCCGCCUACGACUCCCAUGGCUUCUGUUCUGUUCUAUGGAAGUAUACUCACCUCUACGUCCCCUAACACCCUCCGUCUUUUUUUUUCUUUUUCCUUUCCUUCCGCUGCCUUCCCAGUCUUCUACUCUCGUCCCGUCCUCUUUGAAAUCAAGCCACAGCGCUCAUUUUUCUUUUCAAACUCUCCCUUUAUACCCAGAUGCAACCUACAACGACCACCCGGGAGCUCACACAACUAACCCGUUAAAAGCAGAAUUCCAAACAAUGAGAAAAACGCAUUCGACGAAGAUAGGUCAUCCUCUUGAAACAUUGGCCAGCCUUUCUGAGGCAUCUUAUCACUGUGUACCUUUAAAGCACAUUCUGCAUUUGUGAAAUAACUUUUAGAAGCGUACUCUUCGCAG